AUGGUCCGUCCUCUAAGGGUUGUGCCAUAUACUACGCUGUAUCCUUGGCAAUACUCAGUAAUUCACUGUAUCAUCUUGUACACCAUCUUCUUCAUAAAAAAUCAACAAAGUUCAAACCUGAAAACUGGCCAACAAACAGUAAAUAGUGUCGAUGAAUUAAAAAGACGUGGGGGCACUCUCACGGUAGGCCGAACACAAACCACAGCAAAGGUCCCCGCGGGCGUCCCUGCCCUGGCCCCCGUAACGUCCCUUCCCCCACGGGACACCCCACGCCCGCCGCGAAGAAGGACACAAGGACAAACGAGUCCCCCAACCGACCCUUUAGAAGCGCACCCCCGACGCCCCAGCCGGGGAAAAAGAGGGGUGAUUUUCUUCGCUGACCCGACAAGGUCCGGAAAAGCCGCGCGGCGGGUGAAAAACAGAGGGGAGCUGCGCAAACCCGUGAAGGAAACAGCAGGAAAAAACCAGUCAAGAAGCAGAAACCCGCUGCCUGCUCCAGAACCAGCUCAGCUGCACCAGAACCAGCUGCAGCUGCCCAGAACCGCUCGCGCUCCAGAAACACUGCAGCUGCCCAGAACCAGUGCAGCUGCUCCCGAACCAGCUGCACUGUCCGAACCAGUGCAGCUGCUCCAAACCCCUCACUGCCCCAACCCCUCAAAAGAGAACCAGCUGCCUGCUCCAGAACCAUCAAAAGCGAACCCUGCAGCUGCACCAGAACCAUCAAGGGAACAAAACCACUGCAGCUGCACCAAAACCCAUAAAGGAAAGCAAACCCUGCGCUGCCCCAAAAACCAGUCAAAAACGAACCAGCUGCACUGCUCCAGAACCAGCUGCCUGCCCAAACCCCUGCAGCUCCCCCAAACCAGCUGCAGCUGCACGAAACCGCCAAGGGAAGCAAACCAGCUGCCUCCCAAACCCAGCUGCCUGCUCCAAACCAUAAAGGAAGCAGAACCCUGCACUGCACCAAACCACUGCAGCUGCUCCAAACCGUAA